AUGGGCAAACAGUUUGUGGUUUCAAUUUUGUUUGCUUCUCUAAGUGUGUUGGUUGCAUCGCAUACUGUUAUCAACAGGUCAAAGAUUACAUCAACAUCAGAUUCAGGUGUUUGUUUCUAUGGAGCAACUGCAGAAAGAGUACUAAAUAUUUUGGCAAAUGGAAAAAAUAGACACCUGGUUCCUCCUUCAGUGCGGAAACCGAAAGACUGCUCAGCUUUGGAUCCGAAACAUGACCACAGUGGAGUAUAUAGAAUCUAUCCAACUAGUGCAGGACGAGGAUUUAAGGUUUAUUGUGACAUGACGACUGAUGGAGGACGCUGGACUGUUCUUGUCAGACGAAUGGAUGGUUCUCAAAAUUUUAAUAAAAACUGGGUUGAAUAUGAAAAUGGCUUCGGAGACCUCAGCCGGGAAUUUUGGUUGGGAAACAAAUAUCUGAAUAUACUGACAUCCAUUGGAAAAACUGAAAUGAGGGUCGAUAUGGAAAAUUUUAAAGGAGUAAAGAAGUAUGCUAAAUACUCAACAUUCAAAGUUGGAGAUGCUGCCUCGAAGUAUACAUUGACAGUUGGUGGAUUUUCUGGAAAUGCUGGUGAUGCUUUUGCAGCCAGGCAGCAUAACGGACAAAAGUUCAGCACACCUGACCAAGACAAUGAUAUUUGGCCGAAAAAUUGUGCAUUAUGGGAAAAAAGAGUUGGCGGUGGUUGGUGGUUCAGUAACUGUGAUCAUGUGUGUUUCACAUUAUCCUACGCAAAUAAUAAGCAAGGUCUGACUGGAGAGGCGCUUAUUCAAUGGCAAACAUGGAGUGGUUCCGCAUAUAAUCUCAAAUAUGCAGCCAUGAUGAUACGAAGAGUUAACUAAAAAAAUUAAAGAUAUUUUAAAAUCUGA